AUGCGUUACGUUAGCGCUUACCUCUUAGCAGUUUUGGGUGGAAAUGCCGCUCCAUCAAAUGCAGAUCUCCAAAAGAUCUUAUCAUCCGUUGGUAUUGAAGUUGACGAUGAACGUCUGAACAAAGUCAUUAAUGAACUUAAAGGCAAGAGCGUAGAAGAAUUGAUUGCUCAAGGACGUGAGAAGCUCAGUUCAAUGCCUUCAGGUGGUGGAGCUGCCGUUGCAAGCGCACCAACAGCUGGUGCCCCAGCAGCUGCUGAAGAGAAGAAGGAAGAAAAGAAAAAGGAGUCUGAAUCAGAAGCAUCUGAUGACGAUAUGGGCUUCGGACUUUUCGAUUAAACUGAUAAAGAUGGCAUUUUUCAUCCAACUCAGACGCAUUAUUGUGUGUUAGGGGAUAUAUCUGUUAAGUACAACUUUGUAAAAAAGUUUAAAUAAAAACUAAAACUGAAA